AUGGCUCCACAGAGGCAGCAUGAUCCCACCCUUCCCAGGCCUUGGGAGGCUCUCUUUGAUCCAGCAAGCGGUCUUCGUUACUACUGGAACCCCGACACGAAUGUCACACAGUAUGAACGACCCGUCGGCGGCCCCCCACCAUCACUUCCUCCACCAGCAGGAUAUGUGAGAUAUCUUUCCUGUGACAUGGUUCCCAGCAGCAACGGGCACAGCAAUGGUGUUGCUGCGCCUGCCAAUGGGCAUGCAAAGCACGUAAUACCUGCUGCCGGACAGAAUUUUACCAUGAGCAUGGAGCAGUAUCGAGCAGAGCAUGGGUUAGUGGUGCAAGGAGACAGAGUGCCAGACCCCCUGCAGACCUUUGAGUCUGUCGGUUUCACCAGCAACAUCAUGGAUGAGAUCAGACGCGCUGGCUACAAGGCGCCCACGCCCAUUCAGGCGCAGGCCUGGCCCGUAGCGUUGCAGGGCAGGGAUUUGGUGGCCAUUGCCAAGACUGGCAGUGGCAAGACCUGCGGUUUCCUGCUGCCUGGCUUCCUGCACGUCAAUGCCGUCCGCCCCGACCCGCGCCAGGGGCCGAGCAUGCUGGUCCUGGCGCCCACGCGCGAGCUGGCCGUCCAGAUCAAGGAGGAAGCCGACAAGUUUGGCCGCUCUGCUGGCAUCAGGAACACGUGCACAUAUGGAGGAGCUCCCAAGGGGCCCCAGCUGCGUGACAUCCAGUAUGGUGUCCACCUGAUCAUUGCCACCCCUGGGCGCCUGAACGACUUUUUGGAAGGCGGCCAAGUCAGGCUCGGUCAGGUUUCCUACCUUGUGCUGGAUGAGGCUGACAGGAUGCUGGACAUGGGAUUCGAGCCCCAGAUCCAGCGGAUUGUGCGCUCAAUCCCCACCAACCGCCAGACGCUAUUCUUCUCAGCCACAUGGCCUCGGGAAGUGAAGGCCAUUGCCUCGCAGUUUGUGACCAACAAGACGGUGCAUGUGUUUGUGGGCGGAGUGGAGGAGAACCUGGUGGCCAACAAGGCCAUCACGCAGUUUGUGCAUGUAAUGAAGCCCUACGACAACAAGCAGCAGAAGCUGCGCGAGAUCCUGCACUCCAAGCCGACCGGCACGCGCAUCAUCAUCUUCUGCUCCACCAAGCGCAUGUGCGACCAGCUGUCGCGCGACCUCAGCCGCGAAUUCCGCGCGGCUGCCAUCCACGGAGACAAGAAGCAGCAGGAGCGCGACUGGGUCAUCAGCUCCUUCAAGCAGGGCACCACCCCCGUCAUGGUCGCCACCGACGUGGCCGCCCGCGGACUGGAUGUGCCGAACGUCGGUGCAGUCGUCAACUACGACUUCCCCAACGGAGUGGAGGACUACAUUCACCGCAUCGGACGCACUGGCCGCGCCGGCGCCUCGGGCGAGGCGUAUACCUUCUUCACGCCGCAGGACUCCAAGUAUGCGCGCGAGCUGUCGCGCGUGCUGCGGGAGGCGAACCAGGUCGUGCCGCCCGAGCUGGAGAGCAUGCAGAGCUUUGGCCGCGGGUACUCCAGCUCCCGUUACGGUGCGCCGGGCGGCGGCGGCGGUGGCUUUGGCGGCAGCCGCGGCGGAGGCUUUGGGGGCGGCGGCGGUGGUUUUGGCGGCGGUGGCGGCGGCGGAUAUGGUGGCGGCGGCAGCAGCUAUGGUGGCGCAUCUGGUGGCAGCUACGGCGGCGGCGGUGGUGGCGGCGCUGGUUAUGGCGGUGGUGCCGCUGCCGCCGCUCCCCAGUACCCGCCCGGCAUGGGUGCAUCUGCGUCCUUCUAUGGUGUCGACAGGUGCCGCUCCUCUGCUCCUUCAGACAGCCCCAAUCCGUUGUCAAGGGGAUAG